CACAUGAUUUUGUCACAUGACACAGAUAUGGCAGACGGUAAGCCUUGGUAGCUAAUGUAGGGAGGAUAUGUAUUUUAUGUCUGGAAUUCUCCCACAAGGAGGAUAAGCUGUCGUCAGGCUGGACAGUAUAAUGGAUACAAGAUUGUUAACUUGAAGACAUAGGUUGAGGUUGUCAGUGUUAUGGACAAAUUGAUAGGGAAUAGAGUUCAUGCAUUAUGUGGGCAAAGACUGGAUUACAUCUUUAAACAUAGCCAAUCUAUAAACAGUGCAGUUCACAAACAGCGAAACCGUUCUAUUAACAGCACAGUUCACAAGCAGGUAAACAAACCCUCUGCUUUAACAGGAAACAGGACAUUUUGCACUAUGGUGAACAUUUCUUCUGCUACAGCUGGAAAAAGAGCAUUUUAUACCGAGAUAUAUCUGCCAACAUCUGGAAGAGUAAGUUCAUCUGUAAAAUUGACAGAAGUUUCUUCAAGACCACCAAUGUCUGACGAGACAUCUAAAAUGUCAGAGAAGUUUAAUAUUCGUCUGGCAAAUUCUUGUCAGUGCUCAAAAACACUAGUCAUUAUUUUUGGAUUUUAUGGUGCUCCAGAAAAGGCCAUUGGCAAUUACUGCAGACUUUAUCAUGGGUAUGGAUUUGAUGCAAUGUAUGUGCCCAGCUUCCUCAAACAUUUUGCAUGGCCGAAUAAUUCAUUAGAGCUUGCGACAGAUUUGCUGAGUUUUGUGAAUAGGAGUUGUGCAAAAUAUGAACAUAUCUUAAUACAUGCUUUUUCAAUGGGAGCUUACAACUUUACACUUUGUAUGAGUGAAAUGUACAGAGCUCCUGAAUUGUAUUCUAGCAUUGAAAAAAGAAUUGAAGCAGUUGUGUAUGACAGUUUGACAAUUGGUACAUUAAAAAAUAUGGCACAUGGAGUGGGAAUGGGACUGUCUAAAAAUAGAGUAUUACAGACAGUAAUCCCACUAUCAAUGUCACUCUAUUUCAAACUGACCAAUAAGUACACUGUGCAGGUUUAUGAACAUUUUAUUGACUUGUUUAAGCAAAAACCUCUGCAAGUGCCAACAUUAUUGUUCUACUGCAAAAAUGAUCCAAUGUCGGAAUAUGAUGUCGUUGAAGCUCUAGUCCAUGACUGGAAAACAAAGUUCAGUUUCAGUGUGGUGAACAAAUCUUGGGAAAAAUCAAAGCAUUCGGCACAUUUUCUUGUCCAUAAAGAUGAAUAUUCUAAGACGUUAGAUAAUUUCUUAAAAGGCAUCCCGGGUCUGCUUAAAAUAGAGUCAAAAAUUUGAAAUACGCACAAAUAGUAUUUUGAUAAUGUAUGGCAAAAAGGUAAAUCACUUUGCAAUGAAUUAAUUGAAUAAGUGUGAAGAUAGGACAGUCACCUUUGCAAUGAAUUAAAUGAAUAAGUGUGAAGAUAGGACAGUAAUCUUUGGGAUGAAUUAAUUGAAUAAGUGUGAAGAUAGGACCAUGAAAAAAAUCAUUUAAUAUGAACACGGGACAACUGUUACAGUUACUUUCAGUGAGGAAUUUUCAAAUACAAAUGAUGUAGGAUGGAUUAAAAUUGUCAAAAGCUGUGGAAUUGUGAAAUAGCUUUCUGCGACUAAAAAGCAAAAAUUGAUUUAUUUUCAAAUAAAUGGAACCUAAAUAUUGAAAAUUCAAUCAGCAGUAUUCAAAAAGUACUUGAUUGGUACUCAUGAAAAUAUUUAAAGACUACAAUUAAAUUUAGAACAAAAACUCAUAGAAACUAGAUGAACUUGUAUAUAUUGUCAUGUGCUUUCAAAUUUUAUUAUAACUUUGUAUUCACAUUUUGCUGUCACAUUCCCUUGAAUGUUUAUCAAUAUUGGACCUUUUAAGAUUUAUUUUGAUUUUUGUAGCAAACUCUGAAAAUAUGGUUUCAUCUGGUUUGUCAUAUAUACCCAUACCACCAGGAAAGUCUAAAAUGUUUAGACACAUUCUUUCAUAUUUUUCUGUGAACUCAUUGUGAUUGUGCCUGGCUUUUGUUAAGUCAACAUUGUGCCAAGUCAAUUCUGUAUGCAGCAUGUUUUAAGUGCACUGUAUUGUGAAUUUCAAAGCUCAGCUCUGCUAUGCAUUCCUGUUUCAGGGCCAGAUUAUAUUUUAUCAGUAUAGGGGCUGAUCUUAGAGCAUAGACGAGUCAUCUUGACUAAUCUGCAAAGUGGAUGUUAGGGUUUGUCCAAAACACUUCCAAAUCUGAAUCCACUUCAUCAAAGUACACUGUCUCUUCACUGUCACUGUCAGCAAAGUCACUGCUGUAUCUAAGUAUGUUUCUUUUAAAUACAUGUAUGUUUCUGGCUCUAACUUGGGGAAGACUUUUAAGGUAUUUGCUUGGAAUGACUAUUGUUUUGCCAGUCCAUGACAACUAAUCUUAAUUAUUAUUAGUAUACCAGAUUUAUAUAGCUGAUCAAUUUCACGUUCAAAGGCGCUUUACAUAGUUCAAAUGCAGCCACACAGGGCGCAUAAUUCAUCCUCUACUAGUACAGACACAGAGCGAUCUGACCAGAGGGACAGAGUGAGACAAAGCCCCCACGACAGAGAGAUCAGAAAUCGGAUACAGGGUUGUCCGGCUAACUUAGCCUAGCUUGUUGCGAAUAGACAGCCUGGUUCUUUAACGUGCCCAGUGUAUAGCACUGAUACACGCAAGGAUUGCCUGGGUUCCUGACCAGUACACCUCUAGUUGGGUGGGAAACACUGAUAAGCAUUUCUGAAAAUUCCAGAGUAGCUGCCGGGGAUCGAACCCCCGACCUCAGGAUUGGAAGGCCAGUGUGCAAACCACUGAGCUAUCCGUCCACUUAACAACAAUGCUGAAUAUAGAAAGCUAUAUAUGUGUAUUAAGGAAAGAUCUGAAUGAAUAUUAGUAACCAGUAUUAAAUGGAUACUGAGUAACCAGUAUUAAAUGAAUACUGAGUAACCAGUAUUAAAUGGUUACUGAGUAACCAGUAUUCAAUGGAUACUGAGUAACCAGUAUAAAAUGGAUACUGAGUAACCAGUAUUCAAUGGAUACUGAGUAACCAGUAUUAAAUGGAAACUGUGAUAUAUAGAUAUACAGAUAUUUUUUUGUCUAUCAUUAGUAUCAUUAAUACACUUUGUUUCUGUUUUGGUUAGAAAUUCUCUAUUGCAAGGAACAUCUGAGCCGUGCCAUGGGAAAACCAACAUAGUGGGCUUACGACCAGCAU